UCGGGAAACAUGUCGGCAUCUGAAGCAUCGACAAAGGAGCCGCCUGAAGGAAAUGACUCAGAAACACCAGCAGAGACAUUAGCUGGACCAAGUCAAGUAAAGGAAGAUAAUGCCGCCUCCACCUCAGCUGCUGUUGCCAAGAAGACAGAGCCCAUGGGUGGUCUGCCGCUGAUGUUGUUAUCGCAGCAGCCUGGGAAGGACACAUCCAGAGCUGGAGAGGAGGGAGAGAAGUGGUCCCCUGCCUCCUCUCCAAACAAGUUUGCUGCAGGACACGCAGCAAAGUCCCUUCCGUCAAUGUCCUCCUCUUCGUUGUCCUCCUCUCCUUCUACGUCUUCAACGUUGUCCCCUGGCCGAGCAAAGAUGAGUGUUUCUGGGCCUGGUAGCAGUAAAUCCAUCCUGCCACCUGCUCCUUCGUCCUCUUCCUCUUCUGCCACAGCUUCCUCAUCUCCUUCUGUCUCUCCUGCCCCACCCAAGAUCCACCGGGCCCGCAAAACCAUGAACAGGCCUCCACCAGCACAGGUGAGCCACGUUGAGGCACCUGUUGCACCUGCGACACCUUCAGGGUCCUCUGCCUGCCUUUCAUCUGACUCUGAAACUGUUGCAAAGAGGAGAAAACUGGGUCAUUUAUCUGACAGCACACCUGCAAAGUCUGAGAAUGGUACAGCCAGCGCUCAAACUGUGGUAGACAAGUUAUUCCAUAAAAAGGUGGAGCCUGUUACCAAGAUACCGCCAGAGAAAAACAACGACAGCAUGGGGAAGUCAGAGGAGGAAAAAAUUCAAAGUUCCAGUCCGUCCGUGCGCAAUUCAGAAAAGUUUGAAGGUGGUGGGGCAGAAGCAAGGCAGCACACUAAAGACAUAGAGGGGUCAGUGAACAUGUCAGAUCAUAGUUCAGAGUCUGAAACACAGAGAGCCACCCAGAGCAGGAAUGAGGGCGAGGAGUCUUCAUUGCCACAGUCAGACCAGGACAAAGACAGAAACACAGCUGGUGUGGCGGAGACAGCCGGAGCAGGAAGGCCCGCUGAUUACACAGAGGUUCCCUUGGGUGCUCUAGACAUCGCUGCUGCUGAUAGUCUGACACUUUCUCCACAUCAUGAAGGAAGCGAUGCAGGAGACACAGAGCGGCUGGAGGAGCUCCCCCUGUGCAGCUGCAGGAUGGAGGCUCCUCGAGUCGACAGCACCAGCCACCGCGUCAGCAGACAGUGUAUGGCCACUGAGAGCAUCAACGGAGAGCUGAGGGCUUGUACCAAUCGGACCAUAAAAGGGGAGACCAUGCGGCCGUCCAGUCGGGUGCCCCUCAUGGUGCUCUGUGACGUCCAUCGCUCACACAUGGUCAAACACCACUGCUGUCCUGGGUGUGGAUACUUCUGCAUAGCGGGCACGUUUCUUGAGUGCUGCCCAGACCAGCGCAUCGCUCACCGUUUCCACCGGGGUUGUGUGACGGUGCUGGGCGGCGGGCGCAGCAGAGCAAACGACGGCGGCAUGCUUUUCUGUCCCCACUGCGGUGAAGAUGCCUCCGAGGCCCAGGAGGUCACCAUCCCCUCCUUCAGCUCGGCCACAGCCUCCGCGACCACCGUCAUCACCAUGUCGGCCUCCUCCACCACCACUCCGUCUCUGCCGCCGUCUGCCCCCACGGCGCCCUCCCUCACGGCCUCAACGGGAGGGAUGAAGGACGGGAAGAUGCCUGAAAGACCGGUCAGCGCACGAAUGCGGAGUCAUGGCUUGGUAACAGUAGCAGUGGAGCAGCAGCAGCAGCCUCCACAGCCUGUAGCCUCUGCAGCAACCGUGGCCACCGUCCCCCCAGCAGAGGAGGGAGUGGACAGCGUGGGACCCUCCCUCUGUAUGCCAAAUGGGAAACCCAUCAGCCCCAGCGCACUACCACCUGGGCCCAGCAGAGCGGCGCUGCAGAAGGCCAUUCUCACACAGGACACUGAGAGGAAGAAGAAACUGAGGUUCCACCCUCGCCAGCUUUAUCCUGCUGCCAAGCAAGGAGAGGUGCAGCGAGUUCUGCUCAUGUUGAUGGAGGGCAUAGAUCCAACGUACCAGCCAGACUCUCAGAACAGGCGAUCUGCUCUACACGCUGCAGCUCAGAGAGGUCUGCUAGAAGUCUGCUACAUGCUUGUACAGGCUGGCGCUCAAGUGGAUGCCAAGGACAAAGACACGAGGACCCCUCUGUUGGAAGCCAUCAUCAACAACCACAUCGAGGUGGCUCACUACCUGAUCCAGAACGGCGCCUGUGUCUAUCAUACUGAGGAGGAUGGAUAUACUGGCCUCCAUCACGCAGCCAAGCUGGGAAACCUGGAAAUUGUGAGCAUGCUUUUGGAAACGGGGCAGGUUGAUGUGAACGCACAGGACAGCGGUGGCUGGACGCCGGUCAUCUGGGCUGCAGAGCACAAACAUGUAGACGUGAUAAAAGCGCUGCUGAACAGAGGAGCAGACGUCACCAUUAAUGAUAAAGAGCUGAAUGUGUGUCUCCACUGGGCGGCGUAUGCUGGGAAUGUGGACAUAGCAGAGCUGGUGUUGAACUCUGGCUGCUCACUCGCCGCAGUUAACAUGCACGGAGACACGCCACUUCACAUCGCCGCCAGAGAGGGCUACUUGGAAUGUGUUACGCUGUUCCUGUCCAGAGGUGCAGACAUUGACAUUAUGAACAGGGAAGGAGACACGCCUCUCACCCUCGCUCGGGCCGACACUCCGGUGUGGGUGGCUCUCCAGAUCAACAGAAAGCUGAGAAGAGGAAUAGCCAACCGCAUGCUUCGGACUGAAAGAAUUAUCUGCAGUGACGUGGCACAGGGCUAUGAGAACGUACCGAUCCCGUGUGUGAACGCAGUGGAUGACGAGGGCUGUCCCUCAGACUACAAAUAUGUUUCAGAAAACUGUGAAACUUCAGCAAUGAACAUAGACCGCAAUAUUACACACUUACAGCACUGUGGCUGCACUGAUGACUGCUCAUCUAGUAACUGCCUCUGUGGACAGCUCAGUAUCCGCUGCUGGUAUGACAAGGACCAGCGGCUGCUCCAGGAGUUUAACAAAAUUGAACCUCCACUUAUAUUUGAAUGCAACAUGGCGUGUUCGUGUUACCGAACAUGCAAGAACAGGGUGGUACAGGCAGGCAUCAAAGUUCGUCUUCAGCUCUACAGGACAGAGAAGAUGGGCUGGGGAGUUCGAGCUCUGCAGGAUAUUCCCCAGGGAAGCUUCAUCUGCGAAUAUGUCGGGGAGCUGAUCUCUGACGCAGAGGCAGAUGUUCGGGAAGACGAUUCCUACCUGUUUGACCUGGACAACAAGGAUGGUGAGGUGUAUUGUAUCGACGCCCGCUACUAUGGCAACAUCAGCCGCUUCAUCAACCACCUGUGUGACCCAAACCUCAUCCCAGUACGUGUGUUCAUGCUGCACCAGGACCUGAGAUUCCCCCGCAUCGCCUUCUUCAGCUCCAGAGACAUCCUCAGCGGACAAGAGCUGGGGUUCGACUAUGGAGAUCGCUUUUGGGACAUUAAAAGCAAGUAUUUCACCUGUCAGUGUGGAUCAGAGAAAUGCAAGCACUCGGCUGAGGCCAUCGCCUUGGAGCAGAGCAGACUGGCUCGGCUGGAGGCUUGUCCAGAAUCGGGAGCUGACUGUGGGAUGACCAUGCUGGGAAACUCUUAAAACACUCACCCAUGGGGCCUUUGGAUUAACCUCAUCAGUUUCACAUGUGCACAUUGGCAAUGGAAAUACAUCCUGAGGGGUUUACCAUGUUAAAAAUUCUGUGUUGGAUGCAUGAUUUUUCUUUUCUACUUGAAAUGUUAUUGUUCUUUCAAAACUCGCCACCUUAAAGUUGAUCUUUUCCCCUAUGAUAGAGGACAUGGGCCUUAACAUAUUUUUAAACUGUGUUGGUAUUAUGAAAACAGAAGGUCUUUGAUUCUGUACAUACAGUGUUUACUGUAUAUCACAAUGUCCUUUUGCCUUGACGUAUGAGGUUUGUGCAUUCGGACUCUGCAGUCAUUUAACUAUCAUACAUAAUGUAUUUUCUGUUGUGCCAACAAAUGCAAUGCAUUUUUACACAGUACAGUAAUGGGUCAAGCAUUAGCCCAUACUGGACCCUAAAAGGACCUGAGGAAUAGCGAUGUUUAUGGAUGAUUGUGGUAGCUUUAUUUUCUUUAUUUUUGUACGUAUUGUUUACUUUAUCACACAUUUAGUGUAAUAAAUUAGAUUAUGUGUUAUUCUUUGGC